AUGAUCGUUAUCUUAUCGUCAUUUUCGGCUAUGGACACGUUUUGUAUUCAUCGCGAUGCGGAUGGAAUUUCCGAUGAGGAAAUCAAACUGUGGCUGAAUGGGGUCAUCCCGCCGAUAUAUUUAUCGGAUGGUGAAAAACCGUCGAUAAAUCCAACGCGACAAGCGUUGGAAGAAACAUUGACUUGUUUGGAUAAAGCGCAACAGCCAAGUUUAACAUUCGCGUCAGGCCUAGCAGCAGCAACUUCAGUUUGUUUGAGCUUUUUGAAAAAGGAUGAUCAUGCAGUUAUUGUAGAUGAUGCCUAUUCGGGAAUAACAAAUCUUUUCAAAGCAUGUCUGAGCCGUUGGUCAAUUCAUUCAUCGUUUAUUAAUUUAUCGCAAACACCGUCGAUUAUAACCAAACAUCUCCAUUCGAAUACCCGUCUUGUUUGGCUUGAAUCUCCAUCAAACCCUUCGAUGCGUCUCGUGGACAUUCAAACAAUAGCAUCUUUAGUUCACGCUCAUGAUUCUUCGAUAAUUGUUGUCGUUGACAAUACAUUUGCUUCUCCGUUAAAUCAAUCACCACUUGCACUUGGUGCUGAUAUCUGCUUAUCAUCAAUGACGAAAUUCAUCAAUGGUCACACGGAUGUCAUCGGCGGAUGUUUAUCAACGAAUCGAAAAGAUUUAUAUGAUAUACUCAAAACGAGUCAAUCAUUAUUACAUAUGAAUCUAUCGCCAUUUGAUUGUUAUUUGGUUCGUCGAGGUCUAAAUACGCUUCCUAUACGCAUGCGACAGCAUAUGAAAAAUGCUUUACAAAUCGCACAAUUUCUCGAGGGUCAUCCUGCAGUUGAACGUGUAUUCUAUCCAGCUUUACCAUCGCACCCUCAGCAUGAUAUCUACAAAAAACAAGGUGGAGCGUCGGGCAUGUGUAGUUACGUCUUACACGAGGCUGCUGAUACGAAAAGAUUUCUUCGUGAAUUGAAAUUAUGUACGGUUGCUGUGAGUCUGGGUGGAUGCGAGACUCUAAUCGAAUCGCCUUCGAUUAUGACACACCGAUCAACACUGUAUGAAGCAGAAACGAAUGAAAAAAUGUCCGAUCAGUUGAUUCGAAUGUCUGUCGGUUUAGAAAAUGUAUACGAUAUUAUCAAUGAUCUCAAUCGAGCAUUAAAUCUUUCGAUGAAUUUAGACUCCAAACAAGAUGCAUAUUCCGAUAGGGAGUUAAUUGAUAAAGCAAGGUAUGCCAUGAAUCGAUUAGACUCAACAAACGCUGCUGCUCUGCGUACAGCAUCCGGUGAAAUUUAUUCGGGUAUUCGUUUUCAAUCAACUAUAGAUGCAGAUAUAGGUGCAUUAUCAGCAAUGAUAAAUGAUGGCCAUCAAGAUUUAGCUACGAUCGUAGUAUUACGUAGAACGGUUAACGGUAUCGAAAUGAUUAGCCCGUCUGGAAACUGUCGAAAAUUAAUCGGCGAUUUGAAUUCGAAUGCUGAAGUGCUUAUGGGAACAAUAGAGAAGCCUUAUCGAAUGGCCAUAAAUGAUCUUCCUUGA